UCCAUCAUGAUCCCACAAGUAGUGACCAAUGAGACUGUCACAGUGAUUUCAACAAAUGGAAUAAACUUUCCCCAAACAGACAAAUCCCAGCCUACCCACCAAAAGCAAGACAGACUGAAAAAACAUCUGAGAGCAGGGGUCAAAGUGAUGGCGGCGAUCCAGAUCAUGUGUGGUGUGAUGGUGUUGUGUCUGGGCAUCAUUUUGGCAUCUGCUCCAACCACGCCACACUUUACCCCAGUGUUUUCUGUCCUGUUAAAAUCUGGCUACCCAUUUGUAGGAUCCUUGUUUUUGGUUGUCUCUGGAAUACUGUCUGUCAUCACUGAGAAGAAGAUGUCUAAGCCUUUGGUUCACAGCAGCCUAGCCCUGAGCAUCUUGAGUGCACUCUCUGCUCUCAUAGGCAUCAUUAUCCUCUCCAUCAACCUGGCUUCUUUAGACUCUGCCUUGCAACAGUGUAAACUAAUGGCAAUACCACAUCUAGCCACAACCACAACAUAUUAUCGUUUCCUUCACCCACAGCUAUCUGACAAGAACUGUUUCAAGGCUGACGAUACUCUGACUGGAACCCUCUCAGUGAUGCUGAUCUGCAGUGUGGUGGAGCUUGGUCUGGCUGUGCUCACUGCCGUGCUGUGGUGGAAACAGAGUCACUCUGACUUCCUUGGGAAUGUGAUUUUCCUGUCUCGGGACUCAAAGAAUAAAUUCAGUGUAUCCUCAGAGUCACUUUGUAACCCUAAAUAUGAGAAACAAUUGACUUCUUAAUAAUUAAGUAGAGAUUAUAUAGUAGAGUAUCAGUCUUUAGUAUAAUUUAGAAAAGUCAUCCAUCACAUGACAGCAAUGCUUAAAUAUCUUAUGAUGUGGCCGGGCGUUGGUGGCACACGCCUUUAAUUCCAGCACUGAGGAGGCAGAGGCAGGCAGAUCUCUGUGAGUUCGAGACUGACAGCCUCCAAAACAAUACAGAGAAACCCUGUCUCGUAAAACCAAAAAAAAAAUCUUAUGAUGUGUGUUGGUUAUUCAGCCACUGUGAAAGGUGUGCUGAAUGGCUGGGUUCGGUAGCAUGCUCUUCAUUUUGUUUCAACCAAAGCUCAGACUGGCAAGUUCCAAUUUUAUGUACUGAUCAAAGAGCCGCAGACGUUUCUCAGAAGACUAGCAGAUUGUGUCAGAGGCGCAAGGUGGGGUAAAGGUGCAGCAUUUCUCUUUAUCCUUUGCACUUGGCUGCAGGUGGUACACGUCAAGUCCGGUGAUCUGAAUCUAUGUACAUGGCAUGGGACUUUGCCAUAUUUAUUUUAUUCCUAAGCACUAUGAAG